AUGGCUUCUCUCUAUGGCACAUCGCGCGUCGUGGGUGGCACAGAUGCCCAGCCAGGGGCCUGGCCCUGGAUCGUCAGCAUCCAGGAUCCCUGGGAAAUAGGCACGGGGCAUAUAUGCGGAGGGUCCCUCAUCAGCCCACAGUGGGUCCUCACAGCAGCCCACUGCUUCCUCGAGGCCUGGCACAUCACGAUGUGGCGCGUGGUGAUCGGGGCCACCCAGUUGACUCAGCUAGUGCGAAAUAUAAAGCGGCUACUGGCUCACGAAGAUUAUAGUAGGAUCGCGGAGAAGAACGACAUUGCGUUGCUGGAAUUGGACCAGCCUGUCCAGUGCAGCUACUACAUACAGCUUGCCUGUGUGCCCGACGCCUCGCUGAGGGUGUCAGAGCUGAAAAACUGCUACAUCAGUGGUUGGGGUUCCACGGCUGCAAGAUCUGGAGGAUCAAGUGAUGUCCUGCAGGAGGCCAGGGUCCGCCUCAUUGAUGUCAACCUCUGUAACAGCAGCCGGUGGUACAGAGGGGCCGUCCACACCCACAACUUGUGUGCUGGCUAUCCGCAGGGUGGCAUCGACACCUGCCAGGGUGACAGCGGUGGUCCUCUCGUGUGCAAAGAUAACAAUGCUGACUACUUCUGGCUUGUUGGAGUGACCAGCUGGGGGAAAGGCUGUGCGAGAGCACAACAGCCGGGAGUCUACACCUCC